AUGCCUGUUAAUACACUCUGUUCAUCUGGUAAAGCUGCUGUAAUGGUUUCAGAAGAUGAUAAACAUGCAAUUAUUGUUAAGGAAGGGUUAUGCGGAAAAUAUUGCAUUGUUUUUGAUCCAUUAAAUGGAUCUUCUAAUAUUGAUGUAAAUGUUGGUAUAUACAAUUUUUGGGUAUCUAUAGAACGUGAGUGGCAAGUUACAGAUGGUAGGAAACGAGUGCUUGAUAUUGUACCGGAAUCUAUUCAUUCCGGAUGUCCUAUUUUUCUUGGGUAG